GCGCAGAGUGACGGCGGAGAUGUAAACAAACAGAAGCAGCGCGGCCAUUACAGCGUCAGCCGAAUUGACUGUUUGCUUCUUCUGUCGUCGAAUAAAUCACACUCGAAGACAUGAAAGACCCGAGCAUCAGCAGCGGGGCCCCGAACAUGACGACCGGCACCGAGGUGAUCCUCACCAGCCAGUUCAACGACGAGGACGACCCGUUCGCCGAGUACAUGUGGAUGGAGAACGAGGAAGAGUUCAACAGGCAGGUGGAGGAGGAGCUGUGGGAGGAGGAGUUCAUCGAGCGUUGUUUCCAGGAGAUGCUGGACGAGGAGGAGCAGUGGGAGUGGUUCAUCCCGUCCAGAGACCUCCCCUCUCAGAGCGUCAGCCAGCUGCAGGAGCAGAUCAGCCUCCUGGUGCUCGAUGGCGACAAAGACCUGGAUGUGGUGGUGAACAGCAGCCUGAACCCCAACGCCAAGGAGUUCACCCCGGGCAUCCAGAAACACGCCAUGUGACCCGGCCAGGCUCCUCCCUCCCCCUAACCCCAGUCCGCACUGUGACAUCAUCACCAAGAUGUCUGCUGUAUUUUCCAGCUGCCACUCGACCUUCAGCCUGACGUGUUGCCAAAGUUUUGCGCUCGCAUGUGUUCACAGUUAAAGUUAGUUAGGUGUGUGUGUGUGUGUGCGUGUGUGUGUGUGUGUGUGUGCGUGUGUGUGAGUGUGAGUGAACUCUCUGAAUGUACAUCAGCUGAGAGGAGUGUUUGUGUCACUUUAAAUCAGAACAAACUGCUUCCUGUCUCCACUUUUUUUUCGGGCACUUUUAUAAAAUCUGAAAUCAAACCGUGUGCUUGUUUUUUCUUUUUAAAUUUGACUUCCUGUUCAGAGGGUCGCCUUCGCCGCCUCGUGGUGUCCAAAAAGCACUUUUCUGGUCGUGGUUUGUUUCGCUGGCUGUUUUGCUGUUUCUCGCUCUUUUUCCCAGCAUCCUCGGCGUUUCUGUCAGCUCUGCUGCCUCAUUAAUAACUCGUGUUGACCUUUUUCUAAAUGCACAAAGUACUGUAUAAAAAGUCAUAUAAACAAAAACGAUGUAAAAAAAAAUCUAUUUUUUCUU